AUGGAGAUUCUUUCGGCCAUAGACCAUGGCGCGAGCCAGGAGCUUCGGCGGCGAGUAGACGAGUCCAUGGACGCCAUUCACCGCACGCUCACCAAGUACAAGCCCAACGAGAUCGCCUUCAGCUUCAACGGCGGCAAGGACUCCACCGUUAUAUUGCACCUACUGCGCGCAGCCAUGGCAUGCAACUGGCCCUCCACUCACCUCCACCGCUGCCGCUCCAACCCCGAGCUCCGCUCCUCCUGCUACUGCGCCCUCUCCGCGACCCACGGCGACAGCUGCGACGGCUGCGAGGACUGCGGCGACGACGACGACCCGUUCGCGCCGCACACGCUGUCGUCGUCGUCCGACUGCCUCUUGGCACCUUCAGCGCGGGGGCGCGUGGCGCGGUCCGAGGCGGGGGACGAGGAGGGAGGCGAGUCGUUCAAAAUGGGGGCGAACGCCACUUUCUCCGACGAGGAAUCGGACGACGGGAAGGCGGAAGCGGAAGCGGAAGCGGAGGCGGAGGCGGAGGCGGAGGCGGAGGCGGAGGCGGAGGCGGAGGCGGAGGCGGAGGGGAAGAUGGCGGGAAGCGACGACGGGUGGGAGGGGGAAGCGGACGGGCUGUGCGCGAUCUUCUUCCGCGAUAAGGACAGCUUCGCGGAGGUGGACGAGUUCACGUUCGACAUGGCGCGGCGCUACGGGCUGGCGCUGCUGCAGACCAAGGAGGGGUUCAAGGAAGGCGUGAUGGCGCUGCAGCGGAAGCGGCCCGUGAAGGCGAUCUUCCUCGGCGUGCGGAUCAACGACCCGAAAGGGAAGGGCCAGCAGGUAUUCGCAGAGAGCUCGCCUGGGUGGCCGCCCUUCAUGCGCGUGAACGUGAUCCUCAACUGGACCUACAGAGACGUCUGGGAGUUCUUGCUGCUCACCCGUGUGCCCUACUGCUCGCUUUAUGAUGAAGGCUUAGCCUUUUUCUCCAUGAUCUCAUUCCUCCUUAUCCGUCUGCAAUUUCGUUCUGAUUUUUACAGUUACACCUCCAUUGGGGGAGUGAGCGACACCGAGCCUAACUCCGCGCUUCGGAAGGCCAGUGACAUCCGCACUUUCCCGCCAGGCCUGUGCCCGUACCUGUGGCUCCUAGCAGAGGCAACAGCAGGGCAAGGGGAGCGGUACAGGAACUGCCCCUUCCUCCCAGCCUACUUCCUGACUGAUGAGACUUUAGAGCGAGCAGGCAUACAUAAGAAGGAUGCGCACGCACAUGCGCCGGCCAAGGAACCCAGCAACACAGGGAAAUUGGAGGGAGCUGCUGCUGCUGCUGCUGCUUCAGAUUCAGGGAAGGAGAAUGUGGCUGAGGAGGGGGAUGUGCUGAACGGAGGCAAAUGUGUGGAGGGAAAGGCGAAGGAGGAGAUGAAGGAGAAUGCACCUGCUGCUCUGCGCAGUGCCCUUGUGGUGGUGUGA